AAGAAGAAUCUCUCGGCGGUGCAGCCUGCGGUUCUGUAUCUAGCCGAUCAACAUGGUCCAACUAGUUGGUUCCCUCCGUAAAGAGCUGUAUGAAUCCCUCUCCACCUGCAAGGUGCUGGUUGUGGGAGCGGGAGGGAUCGGCUGCGAGCUGCUGAAGAACCUCGUCCUCACCGGCUUCAAAAACAUCGAAGUGAUCGAUUUAGACACGAUUGACGUCAGCAACCUGAACCGCCAGUUCCUCUUCCAGAAGAAGCAUGUCGGCAAGUCUAAAGCACAGGUGGCCAAGGAGAGCGUGUUGCAGUUUUGUCCCACUGUAAACAUCACUGCCUACCAUGACAGCAUCAUGAACCCUGACUACAACGUGGAGUUCUUCAGAAAGUUCAUUUUGGUGAUGAAUGCUCUGGAUAACAGAGCUGCCCGUAACCACGUGAACAGGAUGUGUUUGGCAGCAGACAUCCCUCUGAUCGAGAGCGGCACCGCCGGUUACCUGGGACAGGUCACCGUCAUCAAGAAGGGACUGACGGAGUGCUACGAGUGUCAACCCAAGCCCACCCAAAAGACCUUCCCAGGAUGCACCAUCCGAAACACGCCGUCUGAACCUAUCCACUGCAUCGUCUGGGCCAAGUAUCUCUUCAACCAGCUAUUUGGUGAGGAGGACGCGGAUCAAGAGGUGUCCCCCGACACCGCGGACCCGGAGGCUGCGUGGAAUGUCGAAGACACGGCCGCUCGCGCCGCCGCCUCAGAGAAGGACGGCGACAUCAAGCGGGUCUCCACCAAGGAUUGGGCGCGCUCCACGGGAUACGACGCCGUCAAACUCUUCAACAAGCUUUUUAAAGAUGACAUCAUGUACCUGCUGACCAUGGACAAGCUGUGGAAGACGAGGAAAGCCCCGACGCCUCUGGUCUGGCAGAAGCUCGAGGACAGUGCGAGUCCUCAGGAGGCGUCCGCGGGGUCGGGUCUGAAGGACCAGCAGAUUCUGGGCAUUUGGGGUCUCUGCCAGCUGUUCAGGAACAGCGUGGAGACCCUCCGCUCACAGCUACAGGAGAUGGGAGAAGGAGCAGAGCUGGUGUGGGACAAGGACGACCCCCCAGCCAUGGACUUUGUGACGGCCGCAGCCAACCUCCGCAUGCACAUCUUCAGCAUGAACAUGAAGAGUCUCUUCGACGUGAAGUCCAUGGCGGGCAACAUCAUCCCAGCUAUUGCUACGACCAACGCGGUCAUCGCCGGACUCAUCGUGCUGGAGGGGUUGAAGAUCCUCUCCGGGGAGCUGGAGUCCUGCCGUAUGAUCUUCCUGAACAAAUGUCCCAACCUCCGGAAGAAGCUGCUGGUGCCGUGCAUCCUGGACCCGCCCGUCGCCAACUGCUACGUCUGCGCCAGCAAACCCGAAGUCACGGUCAAGCUCGACGUCCACAAGACCACGGUCCUCUCGCUGCAGGACAGGAUCCUGAAGGAGCGGUUUGGCAUGGUGGCUCCAGAUGUUCAGAUAGAGGACGGAAAAGGGACCAUCCUCAUCUCCUCGGAGGAAGGAGAGACAGAAACCAACAACAGCAAAUUUCUUGCUGAUUUCGGGAUCCGUAACGGCAGCCGUCUCCAGGUCGAUGACUUCCUCCAAGACUACACGCUCCUCGUUAACGUCCUGCACACCGAGGAGCUGGAGCGGGAUGUGGAGUUUGAGGUUGUGGGCGAAGCCCCCGACAAAGCUCCGCCCCCCCAGCCGACCCCGGAGGAGGUGAACAGCGUCACCAACGGCAACAAGGACUCGGCCCAGCCGUCCACCUCCUCUGAAGCUCCAGCCGAGGACGAUGACAUCAUGAUCGUUGACUCUGAUGAGGAGGCGAAUGAAGGGGCGUCGGCCAGCACGGCAACGGCGCCGGCGAGCGGCACCAAGAGGAAGCACUCGGACACCGAAACUGGCAAGACCUCCGCCAAGCGCCCGCGGAUGGACCAAUCGAGUGCAGCCACUGCGCCCGCUGAUGAGGAUGACGACGAUGACAUCAUCACUCUGGACUAACCCCGCCCCCUCCGAAGGACUGAGAAUCCUCUGGAGGCUUAUUGUUUUUGAGUCAAGACUGCCAGUAGGAUUAAAUAUAACACCUUUUAUGAAGAACACUCGACUGCCCUGCUUCGCCUCCCCUCCCAGCUCUGUGUUUGCCCUUUCAUACCCCCCCCCCCCCCAGAUAUGAUGCUGUAAAUAGAUUCUACAUUUGAAAACGUUUUGGAAACCUCUUUGGUUAUUGGUAUUGGUUUCUGGUCCCUAUAAAAUGCUUUUCUUAAUGUUUUCUUUUGUAUUUUUUUAUUAUAAAUGUAAUGUAUUUCUCAUGCUACACAAGUAUGGGGGGUUUUGUGAUUUUGGCUUACAAGAUGUAAAAAAAAGAAAGAAAGAAAAGGAAGUAAUUUCUAGGAUUGUAAUAUUGAUCUCAGUCGUUUGUGCCGAGAUGGUGACGGACGGGCCGAGGAGCCUACGGCUCACGGUUCCCGUGGUCUUGUCGGUUGGUGCUGUUGAUGUCCGUGUUCAGCCACGUUGUGCCGUGGAGUCUUGGGGGGUAGGCGGGUAUGAUACACACAUCAUUUAGUUAGCUACCUCCUUUCUCUAGAACGAGUUCUGGCUGCAAAUUUAUAACCAUUCCCUCCGUGACGGCUCCCUGAGGAACGUCCCAGAGAGUCCCCGGCUCGGGACAAGCGGCUUAGUUCCAAGCUGCUUCUAGUUUAACACGAACACCUCGAGGGUCGUUUUUCAUUAGUAUGACUGGUGCAUUUUGAGCGAAGAGGUAAAUUUGCCAAAGACGGAGCCUCGGACCCUCGAGCCAGAGACGAGAGUUUGUCAGAACCUCUCGUGAAAAGCGAGACGCUGUCGUGUCCGGCGUCACACUGUCCACAAUGUCAUGUUUCCUUGUGGUCUUGACUUGUUUGUUAAAAGGCUGCGAGAGCCCGCUGGACCAAUUUGAACGAAAAGACAAUAAACUCAACAAAGCCA